GGCCCAAUAAGUUAAAAAACAAACCAAAUUUUUUUUUUUUUUCAAUUCCGCCUUUAAAAAAGCGAAAAUUAUAACCUAAAAAACACUUCUAAAACAUCUUAUUGACACAUUUCACCUCAUUUGUGUUGCAAACAAAUUUUUUAUGAGAGCAGGUUGAAGAGAGGUUGAACAAAAUUUGGCUUCCAAGAUCAAAGAGGAGGAGUUGAAGACUGAUUUUAGAAGCUUCAACAAGUGUUGCAGCAUCAUUUCCAUACAUUUUCAAGCUUCCAUUGGCAGCAAGAGGAACUAGAAUGGCAUCUACAUCUUCCUCCAUUGGCAAUGAACAAGUAAUUGCAAAACAAAGAAAUGAUCCAAAUUCUCCCUUAUGGAAAUAUGUGGACAUUAUAAAACAACUUCCGGGAGGUGGGGGAUUCCGUUGGAAAUGCCAUGGAUGUGAUAUUGAACGUAAUAGUUCAUAUUAUCGAGUGGUAGGCCAUUUGUGUGGAAUAAAAGGAAGAGGCAUCAAAAAAUGCCCUGGCAAAAAUGGUAAACCUAUACCAGAUGAGAUAGUGAUGAAAUAUAUUAGGGAGCAUGAGGCGGCAGAAGAGAGGGAAGCCCGUAGAUUGAACCAAACCGCAUCAAAGAAAACAAGGGGAAUGCAAGGCCCUUCUAAUCCCAGUAUUGUAGUAGAAGACCACCCCUUCUUUGCCACAAAUGAACCUCAAAGUGAACCACCCUUGACAGGUAAAAGAACAAAAGGGCCUUUAGAAACCGCAUUCCAAAAUGAGAGUAGAGACAAUGCUGAUCAAGAUAUAGUAAGGUGCAUUUAUGCAAAUGGUUUGUCAUUCAAUGUUGUUCGCUCCCCAUAUUGGAAGCAAAUGAUAAAAAGUGUUAAUGAGGCACCAAGAGGGUAUAAGGGCCCCGGUUAUGAGAAGGUACGUGGAACAUUAUUGGAGAAAGAGGUGAAGAGGGUUGAAGAUGCAUUGAAACCCAUAAGGGAUUCGUGGGUUGAGACAGGUGUAACAAUUGUUUCAGAUGGGUGGAAAGAUGCUAAAAACCGUCCCUUGAUCAAUGUCAUAGCGGUGUCCCCUAAAGGGGCAAUGUUUUUGAGAGCUGUGGAUUGUGAGGGCCAAAUAAAAGAUGGCGAAUUUAUUGCAGAAAUUCUCAUCUCUGCCAUUGAGUCUGUGGGACCCUGCAAUGUUGUCCAAGUCAUAACGGACAAUGCAAAAAAUUGUAGAGCUGCUGGUUUGUUGGUUGAGCAACGCUAUGAUCACAUCUUUUGGACACCUUGUGCGGUACAUUCACUCAAUCUUAUGCUACAAAGGAUUGGGCAAAAAAUAAAAUGGAUCAGAGAUGUGUAUGCAGAGGCUGAGGACAUCUAGAUGUUCAUCACAAACCACCACAUGUCUCAAGGGAUUUUUAGAACCUAUUCGAAUUUGGAGCUAUUGAAGGUAAGUGAAAUAGUAAUUUAAUUUUACAUUUUCUGAUUUUUUUGAAUUUUCAAUGUUAAUAAUAUCAUUGUGUAAGCUAUAUUGUGUAUUCUUCUUUAAAGUUUGGCUUUAUUUUUUAAUAAUUUGGCAUUAAUUUGUGUUAUAGGUUGCUGAGACCCGUUUUGCAUCAAACACAAUCGUCUUAAGACAACUUGUGAAAGUUAGAGUGGCACUAUGCAAUAUGGUGAUCAACACCAAUUGGACUGUAUGGAAGAAAAGUAGCAUUGAGAGGGCAGGAAAAAUUAGGGAUAGAAUAUUGGAUGAGAAAUGGUGGGAUCUUGUUACAUAUCUCUUAAGUAUCACUGAGCCCAUCAUGAGCAUGAUUCGCUAUACAGACAUGGAUAGGCCUUGCAUAGGUGAGAUUUAUGAUGGCAUUGAUUCAAUGCUUGAAAAAAUAAAGUUCACUAUAAAUGAAAAAGAGAAUGAUCCUGAGGAGAAAUUCUUCAAAGAACUGGAAUUAAUUAUUGUAGAGAGGUGGAAUAAGAUGACCACUCCUUUGCACCUUCUUGCCUAUGCCUUGACACCUAAGUACUAUAGCAAUCAGUUUCUUGAUAAACCAGGAAGGAUUCCACCAUGGAGAGAUCUAGAAGUAUCUGAUGGGUAUAAGGUAGCAUUUCUUAGACUAUAUCCCGAUGAUGAUUUGCGAGAUGUUAUUACAAAUGAGUUCAUAGAAUUCGCAAAUGGGAAUGGUCUAAGUGUUGAUGCACUUCGUCAUAGAUCCAAGAAAGAUGCUCAUAGCUGGUGGUACUUCCAUGGCACAUGCUUCCAACACCUACAACCCCUCGCUAUAAAAGUUUUAUCACAAGUAAGUUUAAUUAAUUAAAAUUUUUAAUUUACAAGUUUUAGUUUAUUUAUAGUUUACUUUGUCUUCAUAGGUUGCUAGU